UCUGCUUCGCAGGUAUUUGCUAGUUUCGCGGAGCCAUUUAAGAGUUUUGGCGAGGUAUUUACAAAAAUAAGUUGUUAGAAAAUUACGAGUUUUCAAAAAUGGAAACAUAUAAUUACCAGAGAAAUUCUUUUCUUAGGCAAAUUUGGGCGUAGCCACGAACUGCGAUAUGCAAGAGGAUCAGCUAUCCCGUUUCAUGACCAGAGCCAUGACACUACAAUCAUCAGCAGCGCUAAAAGUCGGCAGUUUCGUAGGUUAUACAGCACGGUUCAAUGGAGAUGCAUAUGACCUGGACAACUUCAUCUUAAAUAUGACGCUGUACAAGGAUAUGGAGGGAAUCAAAGAUGAAACAGCUUUACAAGAAUUACCUCUUUUACUGGUAGGAGAAGCCGCUAUAUGGUGGGCCAAUAUUAAAAAGGAUGUUCGCAUAUGGUCCGAAGCUUUAAAACUAUUACAACGAAGGUUCUCGAUCAAAAGACCACCAUACGAGGUAUACCACCAAAUAUUCUCCGUAAAACAGGAUGAUCAUAUUCCAACAGAAAUGUUCAUUAAACAAAAACGAGCUCUUUUCGACGAACUUCAUCGAACCCACUCCGAAGAAGUUCAGAUCGAUAUGAUCUAUUCAUUACUCAAAUCGAAAAUCCGGAAGAAAAUACCAAGAGAAUCGAUAGUUACCUUCGAUCAGCUGAUCUGCGCAGCUCGUCGCGUGGAAUAUUCGGGAUAUAAAAAGAGACUGCGACGAUUUGAGAGAUUCAGCUUUAAUUCAUCAAUACCCGUUGGGACAUCAACAAAAUUCUGCACACACUACAGAGAACCUAACGAAUGUGGGAGAAGUCGCGAAGUGGACUGUUAUAAAUUCAAAUAUAAGCGACGUAGACGUGUCGACCGUCGCAGCGAAUAUAUCCCGUCGACACCAAACACUUCCCGUACUCCGUUAGAUGAUUUUAAACCUCGCCUCAUAUCAUUUAUAGAAUAA